AUGUACCUUGGUGAGCGUCAUAAGAGAGUCGAUGGUGAGGAGUACUAUGCUGCUGUGGACGAGUUUGUCGAUGCCGUCCGUUCCCGUUGGCCCGGUGUCCUCAUCCAAUUCGAGGACUUCACUAAUGAUCACGCCUUCCCCCUCCUCAAGAGGUAUCAAGAGAACAUCUUAUGCUUCAAUGAUGAUAUCCAGGGUACUGGCUCUGUCGCCUUGGCGGGCCUCGUCAGUGCUAUGAGGGUGAAGAAGGAGAAGCUCGAGGAUCAAAGGAUCGUCUUCCUCGGUGCUGGUGCCGCUGCCGUUGGCAUCGCUGAUUGCAUCGUUGCUGCUAUGGUUCAUGAUGGCCUUUCCCCUGAAGAUGCCAGAAAGCGCUUCUGGUUCGUUGACUCUAGGGGUUUGGUCACUUGGAAACGUGGUGGCAAUAUCCAGGAUCAUAAGGUUCCUUAUUGCCGUGACGACGCAGAGCCGAUGACAAGUCUUCUCGAAGUCGUGAAGGCCAUUAAGCCUACUGUGCUACUAGGUCUCAGUGGACAGUCGGGAUCCUUUACUGAGGACAUCAUCAAGGCUAUGUAUGCUAACUGUCCUCAACCUGUCAUUUUCGCUCUUUCCAAUCCUACGCCCAAGGCCGAGGCCACACCCGAACAGCUUUAUACGUGGACAGAUGGAAACGCCUGGGUUUGCACUGGCUCUCCAUUCGGGCCCGUCACAUACAAUGGUAAGGUGUAUCAGUCCGGCCAAGGAAACAACAUGUACAUCUUCCCUGGUGUCGGUUUGGCUGGUAUUCUUGGCAAGUUCAAGUGGAUCCCCGAUUCAAUGUUCUACACUGCUGCUAAGACUCUUGCUGAGAGAGUCACUGAGGAGGAUAUUGCUCGUGGCACUUUAUAUCCCUGCCUUACUCGUAUUCGCGAGCUUUCUCACGACAUUGCAGUAUCGUGCAUCAAGGAGGCCUUCGAUCUCGGUAUUGCUUGCAUUGAACGCCCUGCUGAUCUCGACAAGUUCGUGUGGGACCACAUGUGGAAGCCGGAGUACUCUCAUACCGAGUUGGACCCUUCUGUGUUCGCUUUCUCCGGCCAGGGUUCUGGUGUAGGCAACUCCCAGAGCAACAAGAAUAAGCUCAGCGUUGGUACUAUCCAAAGCAAGGCCUUCUCCUUCACUGACAUGGAGCGUGUGAACCCCAAUCAGUUUAUGUAA